AAAAUACGACUUUAAUUCUUUUGUUGUCGUUUUUUCCAAAUUUGGUAAAAAGGAAAAAAAAUGGAGUGCAUGGAAGCCAAGGCUUUGAAACCGAGUUUGCUUGGCGAGUUGACUCAGCCAGAGUUUAUUGAAGAGUUUCGUUAUGCCUCGACAAAUACCACCGGAGUUUCAUGCGUUCCCGGCGAAGAUUUCUCCGUCGACGAGCUUCUCAACCUUCAGAACGUCGAAUUCGAAGAAGGGUUUGUCGAAGAAGAAGAAGACGACGAAGAAGAAGAAGAAGAAGAAAAGGACUCUUUGUCUAUUGACGGAGAAAAUUCCAACGUCUCCGUCGCCGGAGACUCAGAGUCACCUCUAACCAGCGCACUCGCCGUCCCGGACGAUGAUAUAGCAGAGCUCGAAUGGGUAUCUCAUUUUGUGGACGAUUCUGUCUCCGAUUUUUCUCUUCUACAUCCACUUGGCAAGCAGAGAACCGAAGCGAACUGGUACGAACCGGAACCCAGACCGACCGGUAAAACCCCACUUUGUUUUCCGUCGGUGCCGGUCCGGCCCAGAACGAAAAGGGCUCGGCCCACUACUCGGCCGUCGCCGCUGAGUCAACUCUCCGAGUCGUCAUCGUCGUCUAUGUCCAAUCUUAUCUUCGUCUUGUCAAAAGCCAUCCGUGAACCGGCGAGAAAGAAGCAGAAGAUAAAACCCGCGGCAGUUCAACCUGGUUCUGGUUCGACCGGGUCGCAAUUUCAGAGGCGGUGCAGCCACUGUCAGGUGCAGAAGACCCCGCAGUGGAGAGCCGGGCCGCUCGGUGCCAAGACGCUUUGUAAUGCGUGUGGAGUCCGGUUCAAGUCCGGUCGGCUUUUUCCCGAGUAUAGACCGGCAUGCAGUCCAACUUUUUGUAGUGACGUGCACUCUAAUAGCCACCGGAAGGUGUUGGAGAUGAGGAAGAAGAAGGAAAUUGUCGGACCGGGGUCCGGGUUGACCGAAGUGAUUUCUAGCUUUUGACCUUUUUUUUUGGGAAGCGUGGGUUUCGGAAAAUUGUAGCUGAACCGGGUUUGAACCGCUUAGGUCGGUACAUUUUUCUUGGUGGUGGUGGUGGUGGUAGAUGUAGUAGUAUUGUAGUGGCAUGCAAAAUAGCUUAUAGGGAGAUGUUAGUUUUAUAUUUUUUAGUUAUUAGUUAAUUAUAGGUAUUUUUUUAAUGUCCUGUAACUAUUCAUUUUGCAGCUUUAGUGAAGGCGAGAUCUCGUUUCUGGUCAUUUUAUC